CCUUUUUUUUUUUUCUUCAUCAUUCACAAAUCUCAGACAAAAUGGCGACUCCAAUGGACACGACCAACACGACUGCUGCCCCUGCGAUCGACGAGAGCCUGUACUCGCGCCAGCUGUACGUGCUCGGUCAUGAGGCCAUGAAGAAGAUGAGCGUCUCCAACGUGCUCAUUUCGGGUCUGAAGGGCCUCGGUGUCGAGAUUGCCAAGAACGUUGUGCUCGCCGGCGUCAAGUCGGUCACUCUGCACGACCCCGAGGCGGUCGAGGUUGCCGACCUUUCGUCGCAGUUCUUCCUGCGGCCCGAGGACGUCGGCCAGAACCGCGCUGCCGUCACGCUGCCGCGCAUUUCCGAGCUCAACUCGUACGUGCCCAUCGACGUGCACGCUGGUCCCCUCACGCCCGAGGUGCUCGCUCGCUUCCAGGUUGUCGUUCUGACCAACUCGACCCUUGCCGAGCAAUUGGCCGUCAACGACUUUACACAUGCACACAACAUUGGCUUCAUCUCUGCCAUUACUCGUGGUCUUGUUGGUGAGCUCUUCUGCGACUUUGGCAGCUCUUUUGUUGUUAGCGAUACCAACGGCGAGCAGCCCCUGUCCGCCAUGAUUGCCUCCAUCACAAAGGAAAGCCAAAGCAUUGUCACUUGCCUCGACGAAACCCGCCACGGCUUUGAGGACGGCGACUAUGUCUCCUUCCACGAGGUCCAAGGCAUGACCGAGCUCAACCACGCAGCUGCCCGCCCCAUCAAGGUGCUUGGUCCGUACACUUUCAGCAUUGGCGACACCACUGGCCUGUCCGACUAUGUUCGUGGCGGCACUGCCACCCAGGUCAAGCAGCCCAAGACUCUUGCAUUCAAAUCGCUCCGCGACUCGCUCGUCCACCCCGAGUUUGUCUUUACCGACUUUGCCAAGAUGGACCGCCCGCAGCAAUUCCACAUUGCCUUCCAGGCACUUGACCAGUUCCGCGCUGCCAACGGUGGCGUUCUGCCGCGUGCUCACAACGCGCACGAUGCUGGCCAGGUCAUUGCAUUGGCCAAGACGAUUGCCGCCGCGCACGCUGACAAGCCCGAGAUUGACGAAAAGCUGCUCACCCUGUUCGCUUACGGCGCGAUUGGCGACGUCUGCCCGAUGAACGCGGUCAUUGGUGGCAUUGCAGCCCAGGAGGUGCUCAAGGCGUGCUCUGGCAAGUUCCACCCCGUCCUGCAGUACCUCUACUUUGACAGCUUUGAGUCGCUGCCCGAGGGCGUCGACAUUACCACGCUGCCUGAGGCCCUCUUCCAGCCGACCGGCUCGCGCUACGACGCGCAGGUGGCCGUGUUUGGCUCCAACUUCCAGAACAAGCUCGGCGACCUCAAGUACUUCCUGGUCGGCUCUGGCGCCAUUGGCUGCGAGAUGCUCAAGAACUGGGCCAUGAUGGGCGUUUCCGCGGGCCCUGCCGGUCAGGUGAUUGUGACUGACAUGGACACGAUCGAAAAGAGCAACCUCAACCGCCAAUUCCUCUUCCGCCCUUGGGACGUGCAGCAGCUCAAGUCCAACACGGCUGCCAAGGCUGUCAAGACCAUGAACCCCGCCAUCAACGUGAUUGCCCACCAAAACCGCGUCGGCCUUGACACGGAGGGCCUGUACAAUGACGACUUUUUCAACUCGCUCGACGGUGUGGCGAACGCGCUCGACAACGUCGACGCCCGUCAGUACAUGGAUCGCCGCUGCGUCUUCUACUGCAAGCCCUUGCUCGAGUCGGGCACCCUCGGCACCAAGGCCAACUCGCAGGUCAUUGUGCCCUUCCUGACCGAGUCGUACUCGUCGUCCCAGGAUCCCCCGGAGAAGGGCAUUCCCAUCUGCACGCUCAAGAACUUCCCCAACGCCAUCGAGCACACCCUGCAAUGGGCGCGCGAGAACUUUGAGGGCAUCUUCACCCAAAAGCCCGAGAGCGCCAACCAAUACCUCGCUGGCUCGGCGGCCUUUGUCGAGACCACCUCGCGCCAGCCCCAGGCCCAGGCGAUCGAGACCUUUGAGGCUGUCAAGGAGACGCUCGUGUCGGACAAGCCCCUCACCUUCGAGGACUGCAUUGCCUGGGCGCGCCUGCGCUUUGAGGACUGGUUUGCCAACCAAAUCAAGCAGCUCCUGUACAACUUCCCGCCAGACCAGCUCACCACCACCGGCCAGCCCUUCUGGUCGGGCCCCAAGCGCUGCCCCACCGCGCUUGCGUUCGACUCGUCGAAUGAGCUGCACAUGGACUUUGUCGUCGCCGGCGCCAACCUGCGUGCCUUCAACUAUGGGCUGAAGGGCCACACCAACCGCGACACCUUCCGCGAAGUCAUUGCCCGCUCCGCCGUCCCCACCUUCACUCCCAAGCAGGGCGUCAAGAUCCACGCCAACGAGAGCGAGGCUGCCGCUGCCGCCCAAGCUGCUGCGAACGCCGGCGGCUCCGACCAGGAGCAAAUCGACCGUCUGGUCUCGCAGCUCCCGGCCACCGCCACGCUUGCCGGCUACCGGCUCAAGCCCGUCGAGUUUGAGAAGGACGACGACACGAACUUCCACAUGGACUUCAUCACCGCCACCUCCAACCUCCGUGCCGCCAACUAUGGCAUUGCGCCCGCCGACCGCCACAAGUCCAAGCUGAUUGCUGGCAAGAUCAUUCCCGCCAUUGCCACCACCACUGCUCUGGUUGUUGGUCUUGUGUGCCUCGAGUUGAUCAAGCUUGUUCAAGGCGCCAAGAAGAUUGAGACGUUCAAGAAUGGCUUUGUGAACUUGGCCUUGCCCUUCUUUGGCUUCUCGGAGCCGAUUGCCGCGCCCAAGCUCAAGUACAACGAGGUCGAGUGGUCUCUGUGGGAUCGCUUUGACAUCCAGGGCGAGCUCACUCUUGGCCAAUUCCUCGAGUACUUUGAGCGUGAGCACAAGCUCGAUGUGACGAUGAUUUCGUGCGGCCAUUCGAUGCUCUAUGUUUCCUUCCAGCCUGCCAAGAAGAAGGAGCGCAUCAACAUGAAAAUGAGCGAGAUUGUGGAGCUCGUGUCGAAGAACAAGAUUCCCGAGCACACCCGGACGCUCGUGUUUGAGAUUGGCUGCUGCGACUUGGAUGGUGAGGAUGUCGACACCCCCUACGUCCGUUACUUGCUUCCCAAGUAACAAAACAAAAACACAAUUCUUGCAACAAUAAAAGUCGUGUUUGUGUGCUUGUGAUUUCAAAAUUACCCAACGUCUUUUUCCAC